CUAGCGGCGGCCGCGCGAGCAGCUCCUCCUCCCAGCGCGAGGCUGAACUGCAGCGAAGGGCUGGAGGCUCGCCGCAGAGCAGGCGGCCAUGUUGUGUGUCUGACAGCGCUGUCUGCAACAGGUUGCCAGCGUUGACGAGGAAGAGUAGGAGGAGGGGGCAAAAAGUCUGAAUUUCUCACAAAUGAUAGCAGUCUGGUUCGUUGCUGGAUUUACAUGAGAAGACUUCGAAGGGGAAUAUUUACAUCUCCGUGGGAUCAAGCACAACGCACGAUGACAGUUUCUCAUGUGUUGUGUAAUAUGCCUGAGCCUGCCAGCUGAAACGAGGACUGGAACCACACUCCUCCUAUCCACACCCCCUCACCACCACCUGCAGCCAUGAAUGGUGGUCGCAGCAUUUGGGCUAUAACUCCAGAGGAAAGGGAUAAACAUGAUCAGAAAUUUGACACCCUCUCCCCAACACAAGGAUGUGUGUCUGGCGAGCAGGCGCGUAAGUUCUUCCUGCAGUCAGGCCUCCCUUCCUCGGUGCUGGCUGAGAUUUGGACCCUAGCUGACAUGAACAAGGAUGGCAAAAUGGACCGUCUGGAGUUCUCUAUUGCCAUGAAGCUGAUCAAAAUGAAGUUGCAGGGUCAGAAUCUGCCAUCGGCACUGCCCAUCAUUAUGAAGCAGCCACCGGUGCCUGCUCCCACCAUGCCAAUAACACCACUCGCGAUGGCAUCCAUGCCGAAUGUUCCCAUGAUGCCCACUGUGCCCAUUCUUGGUCCCAUGCCACUGGCCUCCACGUUGACCUCCUUAGGCCCUCUGCAUGGCAUGACUCCAAUGAUGCCUACUGGAAUGGCCAUGCCAAUAAUGCCCACUAUUAGCCCUCCUUCUCUGCCCAAUGGACCUAUUGGCAUCUUGCAGCCUGCACCGGUAUCUCUCACCAGCGCUCUUCCGUUGAACAGUUCCUUUACAUCCACUCCGUUGGUUUUUCCGUCGGCUCCCUCAGGUCUCCUAGACCUGGGUUCAAGCAGUUCCAGCUCCUCUUCCAACGCAUCUUUAGCGGGCAGCUCUCCUAAGACCAGCCACCUGGACUGGGCUGUGCCGCAGUCGUCCCGCCUCAAAUACAGACAACAGUUCAACAUCCUGGAUAAGCAGAUGACCGGCUGUCUAACAGGCCCUCAAGUGAGAAAUGCAAUGGCUUCAACACCACUAACUCAGACCCAGCUGGCCACUAUCUGGAACCUGGCUGAUGUGGAUAAAGAUGGUAAACUGAAGGCAGAAGAGUUUAUUCUAGCCAUGCACUUAGUUGACAUGGCUAAGCAAGGACAGCCACUGCCUCUCACACUUCCUGCAGACCUAGUGCCCCCGACACUCAGGGGGAAGGUUGCCAUUUCACUGAAUGGGGCUACCAGCACAGCCAGCUUUGUUGCGCUGACUGAGGAAUUCGCUGAAGUCGAUCCACCACAGAAAUCGAAGAACAAUUUGACUUUCGAGGAUAAGUUCAAGAAGAACCUUGAGCUGGGGAACGCCGAGUUGGAGAAGCGGCGGCAGGCCCUGCAGGAGCAACAGCGGCGUGAGGAGGAGCGGCGAGCGCAGAAGGCCCGCGAGGUGCAGGAGCGCAGAGAGAGGGAGGCACGCGAGCUGGAGCUCAGGAGGCAGAGAGAGGAGGAGCAGAGGCUGGAGCGCCAGAGGGAACUGGAGAGGCAGAGGGAGGAGGAGAGGCUCAAGGAGCUGGAGCGCAAAGAGGCAGCAAAGAAAGAAUUGGAGCGUCAGCGGCAGCUGGAUUGGGAAAGAAGGAGAAAGCAGGACCUUCAGAGCCAGAAGAGCCAGGAACAGGAGGACAUCAUCCGCCUCAAGGCCAAGAAGAGGAGUCUCGAAUUGGAACUUGAAGCUGUGGGUAACAAGCACAAGCAGAUCACAGACAGGCUCAGGGAUGCCCAGGCUAAGAAGAGAGUGCAGAGAACUGAGCUGGAUCGCAUUAAUCAGAGGAGAGACAGUUGCAUCAUAGAAAUCAAUGCAUUACAGCAGCAAUCUGAGGAGCUGAAGAGGAAGCUGGCACAGCUGGCUCCAGAGCAGCAAAAGCUGAACGAGACGCUUCGCGCUAUGAAUCUGAACAACAUGCCAACUUCAACAAUGACAACUUUAAAGAAGAGUGUUGCAGAGAAAGACCUCAGCUGCCGCAAACUGAAGGAAAGGCUUGAUGCUUUAGAGAAAGACACAGCAACGAAACUGGCUGAUAUGGAUCAGUAUAAGAAGGACAUACAGGAUCUCAGAGAGACCCAGAGGAAGCAACAAGCUGCCCUUGUCAAACUGCGUAGUGUUAAAGAAGACAAACUCCGAGAACUCAAGAGAUGCAAAGAGGAGGAGUUGGACAGGAAGAAGAAGGAGGAGGAAGAGCAGCGGCGCAUCAAGCAGGAAAAGCAGCGUCAGUGGCAAGAGAAACUGAGGCAUGAAGAGGAGGAGCGGCAGAGAAAGCUCCAGGAAGAGCGAGAAGCCAAGCUCCGAGAAGAGGAGGAAAGAGAGAGGCAGGCUCGACUGCAGGCUGCCAAAGAGCAGGCAGAGAGGGAGCGCAGGGCACGAGAAGAGGAGAGGAGGCACCGUGAGGAGGAGGAGGAGAGGAGGCGCCGGGAGGAGGAGGAGGAGAGGAGGCGCCGGGAGGAGGAGGAGAGGAGAGAGCAAGAGAGGAGGAGACUCGAGGAAGAGGACCGCAAGAAGCGAGAAGAGGAGAGGAGGAAAUUAGAAGAGGAGCGGAAGAAGCUGGAGGAGGAGCGGAAGAAGCUGGAGGAUGAACGAAGGAAGCAGGAGGAGGACAGGCGCGAAGAUGAGCGGAGGAGGCGGGAGGAGGAGAGGAAGCGCGAAGAGCGCAGGAAAGCAGAGGAGGCGCGCCGAGAGGAAGAGAGGAAGAGGGAGAAGGAGGAGGAGGAGAGGAGGCGCCAGCGAGCACACGAAGCAGCUAUCAGGGACACUGAGGAGCGGAAGAAGAAAGAAGAGGAGAGGAAGAGACAGGAGGAGGAGGAAAGAAGGAAACAGGAUGAGGAGCGCAGGAGGAAGCAGCGAGAAGUGGAGACCGCUGCCACCCCCAGGCCAAAGGAAGAAAAGCAAAAUAAGCAGAAUAAUUACAAAUCGGAUAUCGUCGCUGCUCUUCUCCGAGGACUGCAGGAGAGAAAGGAUAUUAGGCAUCCUCUGGGCAAGGCACACAGAAAAUCAGCAGCUCUGACCAAAUUUAAAGCCCUUUAUCCCUUCGUGGCCAGGAACGAGGAUGAACUCUCCUUUGAGGCAGAUGACAGCAUUGAGGUGGACGAGACCGUGGAGAGAGAGGAAGGAUGGCUCUAUGGUAGUCGUCAGGGGAAAAUGGGCUGGUUUCCUGAGAGCUAUGUGGAAAGGCAGUCCAAGGCCGAGCCCCCCACCUCCAAACCCGCGCUCAAGCCCCAGGCCUCCCUCUCUAUCUCUAGCAAGCCAACUGAGGCUUCUGUUCCGAGUGGCUCAGGCCAGAACUCUGCCUUCACCCCCACCCAUGCACCUAGCACCGCCUCCUCUGAGCAUAGCCAGGUGGUGGGGAACCUGCAGGUACAGGCUUUGUGUUCUUGGACAGCUAAAACAGACAGCCACCUAAACUUCUCCAAGGAUGACGUGAUCACAGUCCUGGAGCAGCAAGAGAACUGGUGGCUGGGGGAGCUGAAUGGGAUGCAGGGCUGGUUCCCCAAAUCUUAUGUCACCGUGCUGAGCAGCAGUGACACAGCCACAGAUUCCUCUGAUGGACCUGACUUGGCAGCAGCGGAUGGCUCUUCCUUUGAGGAGUAUGUAGCUCUCUAUACCUACAAGAGCCCUGAACAUGGAGAUUUGACCUUCAGUGAAGGUGACACCAUCCUGGUGACAAAAAGAGAGGGCGAGUGGUGGCGAGGCAGCAUAGGCGACCGCUCUGGACUCUUCCCCUCCAACUAUGUUAAACCCAAGGAAACUGAUACUUCAAGCCUGAAACCUGGCAUGCCUGGGAAGAAACCUGAUGUAGCUCAGGUGACCACUCCGUACGUGGCCUCUGGGAGCGAGCAAUUGAGCUUGUCUCCUGGCCAGCUCAUCCUCAUCCUCAGUAAGAACCCCACUGGCUGGUGGUUGGGGGAACUGCAGGUACGGGGUAAGAAGCGUCAGAAGGGCUGGUUCCCAGCAUCUCAUGUCAAGCAGUUGGGCUCCAACAGUGGCAAGUCUACCCCUGCUACUGUGGCAGUCUGCCAGGUCAUCGCCAUAUACGACUACAUGGCAGCCAACAAGGAUGAGCUAAGUUUCUCCAAGUCUCAGAUCAUUAAUGUGCUGGACAAGAGUGACCCUGACUGGUGGAAAGGAGAACUCAAUGGGGCCACAGGCCUGUUCCCCACCAACUAUGUGAAAAUGACCACUUCAGACUGUGACCCUAGCCAGCAGUGGUGCGCUGAUUUGACCAGUCUGGACUCCAUGACCCCUCAGGAGAAGAAACGGCAGGGCUACAUCCAUGAGCUCAUCGAAACAGAGGAAAGAUAUAUGGAGGACCUUCAGCUGGUCUUGGAGGUGUUCUACAAGCCCAUGUCUGAGUCGGGACGGCUGAAUGAAGCUGAGAUGAACAUGAUUUUUGUCAACUGGAAAGAGCUCAUCAUGUCCAACAUGAAACUACUGAAGGCCUUCCGUGUGAGGAAAAAGAUGGGAGGAGAAAAGAUGCCUGUGCAGAUGAUCGGGGACAUCCUAGCUGCAGAGCUCUCUCAUAUGCAGGCCUACAUCCGUUUCUGCAGUUGCCAGCUAAAUGCUGCCGCACUGUUGCAGCAGAAGACUGACCAGGAGCCAGAGUUCAAAGACUUCCUCAAGAAAAUUGCUACAGACUAUCGUUGUAAAGGGAUGCCUUUGUCCAGCUUCUUACUGAAGCCCAUGCAAAGAAUCACCCGCUACCCACUCCACAUAAAGAAUAUCCUCGAGAGUACUCCUGACAGCCAUGUGGAUCAUGUUCAGUUGCGGGAGGCUCUGGAGAAGGCUGAGGAGCUGUGCUUACAGGUCAAUGAGGGAGUAAGAGAGAAGGAGAACUCGGACCGACUCGAGUGGAUACAGAGCCAUGUCCAGUGUGAGGGAAUCACAGAGAAUCUGAUUUUCAACUCUCUGACCAACUGCCUCGGUCCUCGAAAACUCCUGCACAGUGGGAAAAUAUUUAAGACUAAGAGCAAUAAGGAGCUGCAUGCCUUCCUCUUCAACGACUUUUUGCUCCUCACCCAAGCUGUCAAGCAGUUCACCUCCUCGGGCUUGGACAAGCUCUUCAGUCCAAAGUCCAACACCCAGUACAAGAUGUACAAAUCACCUGUGUUCUUGAAUGAAGUUCUGGUGAAGCUGCCAUCUGAUCCAUCCAGUGACGAGCCAAUCUUCCACAUCUCUCACAUUGACCGGGUCUAUACCCUCAGGACAGAGAACAUCAAUGAGAGGACUGCAUGGGUUCAGAAGAUCAAGGCAGCGUCAGAGGAGUUCAUCGAGACAGAGAAGAAAAAGCGGGAGAGAGCCUAUCAAGCUCGCUCAAUGAAAGCCAGCGGAAUUGGCCGUCUGCUUGUCACUAUCCAGGAAGCUACUGAACUGAAAUCAUCAAAAGCAAGUGGAAAGAGCAAUCCCUACUGUGAGGUGACCAUGGGGGCACAGUGCUAUACCUCUCGAACUUUAAAUGACACGCUCAACCCUAAAUGGAAUUUCAACUGUCAGUUCCACAUCAAGGACCUGUAUCAGGAUGUGCUAUGCAUCACCAUUUAUGAACGGGAGCAAUUUGCACCUGAUGAUUUCCUGGGGCGCACAGAGGUACCUGUGGCCACAAUCAAGAAGGAGCUGGAGAAUAAAGGUCCAGCCAUUAGGAGACUGCUGCUUCACGAAGUGCCCACAGGAGAGGUGUGGGUCCGCCUCGACCUUCAGCUGUUUGAUGGCAAAAACCCUUAAAGGAGAGGAUUUGAGUGGCAGAACCCCAUUAAGCACAUUGCCAGUUACUCAAGUUCUCCAAGUCUUCCAUAAGCCACCUUGCCUUAGAAUGCCUUCAACUACUGCUACUGAAUGUCUUGACGACUUUUUUCCCUUUUUUUUUUUAAGACUUGUCCAUGUAUUGAUGACUAUGCCAAAUUUUGCAACGUGCAUAGUUUUGGUAAAACACAUGGCCUAUAAUGGAAGAAGCUUAAUAAUUCAAUGAUUUUGCCUGAAUAAUCUACCACUGGACAUAGAGAUGUCGGGAUUUCUAUUCUCCUUGAAUAUCCUGUCUAUUUUGCUGUCCUUUUGUUUUGUCUUGACUUCUGUUUUUGUUUUGUCCUUGGCUUUAAUAUUUAGAUUGACACUUGAUCUUGACAGUUAUGUAAAGAAACACUAAUUUUAUUAAUAAUGCUUUGCCUUAUGCUGUAUAAUUCAUGACAUAAAUGCUUAUGCAUCUGUUUUUUCAAAAGGGAUUUUGCUUAGAAUCUUGGAAAUGUUAAGGACAUGGUAGUUGAUAAACUGCUAUUCCCUUUAAGUGGUUCUAAAAACCCGUUUUUAGAAACUGGUACAUAUGAAGUGAUUACACAAAAUUAAUUCUACAAAGGUCUAAUCACUGUUGAGUUUGUGUUCAUUUUUAUUUAUUUUAUUUAUCUCUGGCUGUUACACACUUUUGAAACAGUAACAUGUUUAUGCCAUCAGCAUUUACAUGAACUCUCAACACAUGUAUUUCAUUGGUCAUUUGCCACUGCUUAAGAUGCUUGUCACUUUUUUUUUAGGUUUGUUUUAGUUUAAGCUGCAAAUGUGUGAUUUUAAGUACCUUCAGUCUUUUAGUUUUUGUCUAGUGCUGUCUCUCCUGGCAAUCCAGGCUUUACUACAGAUUUGCUCAAACAUAGCAAAGUGUCUAAAAUGAGCACAAAUAUGCAAGAAAAUCAGGUUUCCAAAGCAAAUAAAAUAAAAUUGACAUUC